UUAGGACUUACGUUGGAAAAAUGGCAUCUUCUUGUAAUAUUUUAAAUUUGCCGGUGGAGGUCCUGGCUUUGAUUUUCAAGGAGCUAUCAAGUAUCAAGGAUAAACUCAAUCUGGCUUACGCUCAUCCAAUUCUGGGAAAGGCUUUUGCUUUUGAAGCUGGCGACACUUACAAGAAAAUUGAUUUUGAGGAACGCCCGAUUCGGGAGUGGUCACAAAUUCUGGUUUUGUGUGGAUCGUCUGUUUCCAGAAUCUCAAAACGAACGGUGAGCCAAACCGUGGUGGUGACAAAACUGGCUUCCAAGUACUGUCCCAACCUGGAGGAGUUUUUCAUCCCCGUUCGCAGAAACUUUUGGAACCAUAUUUCGCCUCUGCUAUUAACCCUGCAAAAUCUUAAUUGGGUCGGGUUCACCAACGAUUUUCAAAUGGUUAAUCUGGUCGACACCCUGCUAAAACUACCCAAACUGAAUAACUUGCAAGUGCUUGGAUUCUGUCGUGGCGAUUUGGAAAGACUCAAAGAGCUUGUAAAUCUAGAGGAGUUGACUAUAUUAAACAAAAACGAGGAUCCGAUCGAUAUUUAUAAAAUUUGUUCGCCCAUGAAAAAACUUAAUGAAUUGGAGGUAAAAUUCGGUUUCAUCCGAAUUCCCGAAGAAAUUGGUGGAGAUCAAUUGUGGCCCAAGCUAGACUUACUCAGAAUUGGUUACGGGAUGUUUUACACACAAUUGCCUUACUUACCGUCCCUAAAAUUCCUGACCAUAGACAACACUGCAGCGCACAUGAAACUGAACAACAUAUUUGGAACCACGGUAACCAAGUACGCCGAAACUUUGGAGUCUCUGCGCUUUUGUUCCGAAACACUUCGAGAUAUCGAUUUGCAAGAGGCCGCCACCAUAUCUAAGCUAAGGGCGCUGAAGAGACUCGAGUGUCAGUUGGAGGAUAAUUUCUACAUCGAUCACUAUAUCACAAAUUUAAAUCAGCUGGAGGAGCUGAGCCUGCAGAAUUCGUCUCAAAUAACCAACUGUGGCAUCCUCAUUUUGAUGCACCGUUGCAAGAAACUACGUAAACUUGAUGUUUUCGGAUGCCGUCUGAUUAACAAUGAUUUAAUAAUGCCGGCUGUCGCUAUUUUAUGUAUAAACGGAGUUCAGCCAGAUAACCCCGUAGUUUUGACGGUCGAUCGUAAUUUUGGAUCUGUCCACAAGAGUCUAUGUGCUGAUGUUCUAGUCGUUCAAGGACACAGCAGCUUUGCAUUUUUCGAUCUUUUGUCUUUGUUGUCUUGAGCCUAAAAAAGAAUAAUUCAGUAUAUUCAUGGG